AUGUCUCGUCGUCUCGUCUCCGGCAUGAUACAUCUAGGCCAUCAUCCAUCAUCGUCUCCGGCGUGCUCCUCUCCAUCGCUCCUCUCCGUUGCCCGUCUCCAGCAUCACUCAUCUCUGUCGUCUCUCGUCUCCACCGCAAUCAUCUCUUCUCGGUCUCAGAUGACCAACUCCGUCGCUUUGUCACCGGCGUUCUCUCCUGCCGUCCUCCCUCCGUCCGCCACUUCUGCUUAUAAAUCCCCCAUCAUCUCACAGAGUCUCUCGCUUUUCUCCUCUCAAUCUCGAAUCAAACGCCCUCGCUCAAUAAAAACGAUUUGUUGCAACACAGCUGUAAAAUCCGCUGACUUGUCGUCUGAGGAGGAGAUGGAAGCGGACGCGAAGGCGAAGGUAGGGUGUAGGGUUAAGGUAACGGCGCCGUUGAAGGUUUAUCAUGUGAACCAUGUUCCGGAAGUUGAUUUGGAAGGUAAACUCAAAGAUUACGUGGCAGUGUGGAAAGGGAAAGGGAUAUCAGCUAAUCUUCCGUAUAAAGUUGAUUCCUGUAAAGAGGUUGAAGGUCGUGGUAAUGUUAAGUUUGUUGCUCAUCUUAAGGACGAUGAGUUUGAGCUCAUUUAA